ACUUAUAUAAUCCCUCAUGAUUACUAUUCUCCUCCUCCUUCCCAAUAACACCCAUAAAAUAGAUUUCUGUGAAAUCCUUUUCGUCUUCUGCUUCCUCGAACUUCAGACCCACUUUUGAAUCCAUAAAUGGGUGAUUCUGCUUCAACCUUUAUUGCUCAGCCAACGUCUCAUCCUGCAAAAUCCAGCUUACCCAUGUUGUAUUAUGGCCUUGUGGUCAUCGGGACGGCGACGAUUGUGUUGGUUCUUUACAAUCUCAUCAUUAUAAAGUGGUGCUCCGACAACAGCCACGGGCAAGCUUCACCGGCACUGGCUGGAAGUUAUGCAGAGAUGGUGAAUUCAAGCCGUAGCUUCCAGAGUUCUAAUAGGAAUUUGUUGUCGAGCUUCAAAUUCAAGAAGGGGUCGACGGCGAAGGCGACUGCGACGAUCGAGGAAGAAGGGAUUGGGAAUGAAUGUGCAGUUUGUUUAUCGGCGUUUGAGGAUGGGGAAGAGGUGAAGAAACUGCCAAGAUGCACGCAUAUGUUUCACGCCCCUUGUAUAGACAUGUGGCUUUACUCUCACUCCGAUUGCCCCCUCUGCCGUGCACCGGCGAUGGCACCGGCGCUGUGCCAACGCCACACGGCGGAGGAUGCGGCGGAGCAACAGGUGAAUUCAGGGCAUGGGCUGUUGGAAUCCAGUAGCUUGGUUUAAGACAUUGGUUGUUAGUUUAUAAUUUUGAGAUGGGUGGUUGAAUUUGGAAAAUUCUGAUUCUCUUGUCUUCGAUGAUAUUGUGUGGCCCAAGGGAUGAGGAGGAUAAUGAAGAAUUAUAAAAGUUGUAGGCAUUUU